AACCCCAUCCUGGUUAAAAACUCGACAGAAACGCCAUUACAUAAUCAAUAAGAGGUCAAGGCAAUCACUCCAUUACAAAUGAGCAAAGUGCAUCUAGUUUCGCAGAAAAUUGCUCAACCUUGACGACCAAGUGCCGAUUCACGUGUUGCAAGACCAUGAGAGGGUUCACUAGGACAAUGAGGACGUCCGAAUUGCUCCCUCACAUGACCCCUCAUUAACAUCGUUAAAUGCAACACAAGAGUGGGCCUACCUGCACGAAACCGCCAGGAAUCCGCCCCAAAACACUAUAAUGGCCAAGGAACAGAAACUGUCCAGGUGGUACUUUGGGGGCAUUGCUUCCGCAAUGGCCUGCUGCUGCACGCACCCCCUGGAUCUGCUCAAAGUACAGCUACAGACGCAGCAGGAAGGGAAGACUUCAGUCGUACGCUUAACCGUAAACAUUGUCAAAAAGCAGGGGGUUACUGCACUUUAUAAUGGCUUAUCCGCCUCAUUAUUACGACAACUCACGUAUUCAACGACUCGUUUUGGAAUUUACGAAAGCGUAAAGCAAAUGAUGGAUAAAGACAGCAGUUUUUCGGCUCGAGUAGCACUUGCGGCCUUUGCUGGGUCUGCUGGAGGUCUCGUGGGAACCCCCGCCGAUAAAAUCAACGUUCGGAUGCAAAACGACAUCAAACUUUCCCCUGAAAAACGCCUAAAUUAUAAACACGCCCUUGAUGGUCUUUUGCGCGUCUAUAAGGAGGAGGGGAUUCCCCGGCUCUUCUCCGGUGCCACUGCAGCCACCUUUCGUGCGGCUUUGAUGACUAUUGGCCAGCUCUCUUUCUAUGACCAGAUUAAAAAGACUCUCUUAACUACCGAUUAUUUUGAAGAUAAUUUGACGACUCAUUUCGUUUCUAGUCUUACUGCGGGAGCCAUUGCUACCACCUUGACACAACCCUUGGAUGUUCUCAAAACGCGUACAAUGAAUGCUAAACCGGGCGAGUUCAAGGGAAUGUGGGAUAUAAUUCUUUAUACUGCCAAACUAGGACCGUUAGGAUUUUUCAAAGGAUACGUACCGGCGUUUGUAAGGUUGGCACCCCAAACGAUUCUUACUUUCGUUUUUCUUGAACAAUUGAGGUUCAAUUUCGGGUAUUUCCCCGAGAAAAAUCAAUACACUUCUGACAAAGUCCCACGAUGGUACUUCGGUGGAGUUGCUUCAGCGAUGGCGACUUUCUUCACCCACCCAUUGGAUUUAAUCAAAGUACAUUUACAAACCCAUGCUGGUAAAAAAAUAUCGAUAAUAAACCUCACCACAGACAUUGUGAAGCAAAAUGGUUUUCUAAGUCUAUACAAUGGUCUCUCGGCUUCCAUUUGUCGCCAACUCACUUAUUCUGUCAUCAGAUUCGGUAUUUACGACACUGCAAAACUUUACAUGGAAAAAGACAGUAGUCUCACAAGUCGAAUUUUUAUUGCCUUUUUUGCAGGUAGUUUCGGGGGUUUUGUGGGGACGCCCCCGGAUAAAGUAAACGUUCGGAUGCAAAACGAUAUAAAAUUACCCCCAGAUAAAAGACUCAAUUAUAAGCAUGCUUUUGACGGCCUUUGGCGCAUUUAUAAAACGGAAGGUUUUGCGAAACUGUUUACAGGGGGUGGAACUGCUUCAUUUCGAGCUGGGGUCAUGGGGGUGGGACAAUUAACCUCUUAUGAUCAAAUCAAAAGGGUUCUUUUAAGGACAAGCUAUUUUGAAGAUAAUUUAAUUACACAUUUUACGUGUAGUAUGGGAGCUGCUGUUAUUGCCACAACGAUAACUCAACCUUUAGAUGUGAUUAAAACACGGAUAAUGAACGCGAAGCCUGGAGAAUUUAAAAAUGUUUUAGAUGUUAUAUUGUUUACAGCAAAGGAAGGACCGUUGGGCUUUUUUAAGGGCUACGUCCCUGCGUUUUUAAGGAUAGGGCCUCAUACAAUUAUAACUUUUAUUUUUUAUGAACGAUUGAGAAUGUAUUUUGGGUACAUACCGGAACCGAAAAUGAAAUAAAAACUUAUUUUUA